UUUAUUUCCCAUGAUGCUUUGUGUCUGUGUGUUUGUGGGGUUUUGAUUUUCAGUUGUUAAGAUGUGGACUGUGUGGAGGCGGAUCCAUCGAGCACCAAUAACAGAGAAAGUGCUCCGCUAAGGGGGGUGAGGACUAAAGGAGGGGGCUGUUCUCCUCUCUGAGUCUCAGUCCCUCAGCUCAGGAUGCCACAGAGUCUUCAGGACCUCAGGAUCCGGAUCGUCCUCUUGUUCUGGAUUUACUCCCGCUGAAGGUUUUCUCCUCUCAGACACUUUUUCUCUGUUUGUGGAUUUUUUUUGUGUGUGUGACAUUUUACUUCGUCAGAGGAGCACGAGGAGAGUUGCGUGGAGACAGGCGCGUGGAGAGUGGCGCGUGUCCCUCUGUGAGCGCGUUAAAGAUGCUGAACGACAUAAAGGUGGAGGACCGACUGAGGACGGAGGAGAGCUGUCUGCACCAGAGGAGCGGCUCGUGCUCCCCGCGGCUCGUGUGUGCGGGCUGCACGCGGAUCAUCUCAGACCGCUUCCUGCUGCGGGUCAACGACGCGUCCUGGCACGAGGAGUGUCUGCAGUGCGCCGCGUGCCAGCAGCCGCUCACCGCCACCUGCUACUGCAGAGAGUCCAAAGUGUACUGCAGAGAGGACUACCGGAGGUUGUUUGCCACAAAGUGCAGCGGCUGUCUGGAGAAGAUCGCCCCCACCGAGUUGGUGAUUCGAGCUCUGGAGAGCGUUUAUCACCUGAGCUGCUUCUGCUGCUGCGUGUGCGAGCGCCAGCUGCUCAAAGGAGACCAGUUUGUCCUGAAGGACGGCCAGCUGCUGUGCAAGAGCGACUACGAGAGGGAGAAGGACCUGCUCAGCACGGCCAGCGUGGGCUGCUCCGACUCGGAUAAGAGCGAGGACGAGGAUGUGGAUGUGAAGUUGGAUAAAGGACCUGCAGCUAAAGGCAGUGAUGACAGUAAAGACCCCCGCCGGCCCAAACGCCCCCGCACCAUCCUGACCACCCAGCAGAGGAGAGCCUUCAAGGCCUCCUUCGAGGUCUCCUCCAAACCCUGCAGGAAGGUGAGAGAGACUCUGGCUGCAGAGACCGGACUCAGUGUUCGAGUGGUCCAGGUCUGGUUCCAGAACCAGAGGGCGAAGAUGAAGAAGUUAGCGCGCAGACAGCAGCAACAGCAGGAGCAACACAGCAACCAGAGGCUCGGACCAGACGUGUUGUCAGGCUGUAUGGAGGGGCUGCUCAGCUCCUACUCAGGUCCCCUCCCUCAAAACCAGCAGCAGCAGCUGGUCACCAUGGAGCACAAUGGAUACAACACAGACCCCUUUCAGCAGGGCCUCACCCCCCCACAGAUGCCCGGAGACCACAUGAACCCAUACGGUACUGACUCCAUCUUCCACGACAUCGACAGCGACACGUCUCUGACGAGUCUCAGCGACUGCUUCAUGACCACGCCUGAUAUAAACUCGCUGCAGGGAAACCCCAUCGACCGCCUGUACUCCAUGCAGACCUCGUACUUCGCCUCCUGAGACCACCUUUGGUACCAACAAACCCCCCCCACCCCCUUCCACACUUCCUACCAAGCCAUAAACUGUGCAGACGCAGGACAAGCAAGCGUCUGGAUUCUCCUGCGAGACAAAAAUCAGGGUCAAAGCAGGGAAGGACUGAAUCCUCCAAAUGGACCUGACUGACCUUCAGAAGCCAAAGGAAAAGAGAACACUUGAAACUGAGACAAUAAAUUCUGCUUUUUCAGAUCGGUUCGGCUUGUUGGAGCCCCAUAUUUGUACAGACUUCAAGAUGGGACUUUUUGCUUGGAUCGUGAAAAGAAGGACGACAAAUUAAAACCUGAGAUUUCGACCAAAUGAAAGAGUUUUAGAAACAUUCGGCUCCAUUAUUAUUCCGUUUGUUUUUAUGGGACGAUUGUGAUGGUCACCUGUUCCUGAAUGUAAAUAAUGUUCCAUAGAUAAUUACUGUUCUUCAGAAACAUCCACUUCUGCAUGUGUGGAUGGACAACAAGUUAUUUAUUCCUCAGCUCAAUGACUCAAACGUUUCUAUUUAAAGAGCACAAAAUGAUCCCAUCAUAACGUUCAAACAACGAGCAUCACUGAUCGUUUCUGUUUAUCAUGGUAUUUGUGUCGUUUGAAUGUGUAAAUAAGCAACGCUCUGCUAUUUAUUUUGUCAAUAACAAAGAGUGCAUUUUCAAUUUGCUAACUUAUGAAAGGUGUUGGUAUUUCAAAUAAAAAAUGCAGUCCUUUGAA